GCCGACUGGGAGGAGCCUGAGCUUGCUUCCUCCGCUCUUUUUGGAUCAUGUGAACGGAAAUAGGGUUCGAUCAUUUGCCCCGACCCGCCCGUGCUUGCGUUCUGCUCUCCUAGAAGAUGACAGCUACGCUGUCCAAUGAGGAUGCAGCGUUUGGCGCGCGGAGGUGGGCGGCCUGAGAGCGCGAGUUCGGAACUUUUGUUGGUGGGAAGGUAAGAGGAGCCUCCUGUAGGGAAGACCCGGGGGCGGGGGCGGCUGUAGCCCUGCCGCUAGUUCCUUAAAGCAACCGGCCGCGUGUCUAAGGGCUCUUGCGGCCGCCGUAGGAGGUUGGGAAUCAGCCGUUAAGACGUGCUUCUGUCGGUAUCCCAAGGUGUUCUUGGGAACUCCGAUGAGGCAUUUCCUUCCUCCAGCUUUGGGUUGCCAACGUCGACCCUUCUGGAAUGUGCCUGUGCCUCUGGAGCGCGCCGUGUGGCAAGGUCACCAGAUGCAGCUUCUGUCCUGAGGCGCUCUUAUUUUGUCCAGGGACAAGAACCCUUCCCCUCUUGCACGCGCUCUUGAAACUGUUACCCUCUUUCUGGACGCCCGCACCCCCAGGGCCAAAUCAGUCUGCCUAAGGAACACUGUUUGUUCCCAUGCACAGUUGCCAACGCAGAGAUGAGAAAGGUUUCUCGAAAGUGUUAAGCCAGUUGCUAGGUGAAUGGACUGACAAAUCUACUUCUCAGUAUCUUUUCUAGGCAUUUUGCUGCAUCAAUGAAAAGCACUCAAGCUUGGAGUGCUCCUGGAUCCGACUUUGUCAUAGAAUUGUAGAGGUGGAAGGGACCCUGAGGGUCAUCUAGUCCAACCCCCUGUCACUGGGGGCCUCAGUGGCUAGGAGUGCCUUUUGCAAACUUUGGACAGUUCAGUGCUGGGCUGAGUUCAAGAUGCUGUUCUUGGUAUAUAAAGCCCAUAAGGCCUUCAGAUCAGUUUACUUACCCAAUAUGUGUGAACUGCAUUCCUUGCAUUCCUUUGAUCUUCAGAAUUGGCACUUCUAAUGUAAAGGUGCUGCCAUGCAAAAGGAAUGACUCCUUGCAAAGUCCACAUGGGCAUAGCCAGGAUUGGGGGGGGGCAGCUGCCCCCCUGCCCCUCCUUGGCCCACAAAGCUUUUAGCAUGCAGUAAAAUUGUAAGACUGUCAUGAUGCUGGCAGUGGGACGGGGAGCAAAGGAGAACACUGGCUGCUGAUCUGGGAAGGAGAGAAAACAGCAGCCAAGAUCUCUCUGUCGUCAUCAUCACCAUCACCACUGGUGGUGCUGGGCAGGGAGGGGAGAAAGUCUGAAGUGCAAGGUGUGAGGGGAUGGGACCUGGGUGAACUGUAAAGGAAGAAGGAGGGACAGGGUGAGUUGUAAAGGGGAGGGGUUAACUGGGAUGGUGAGCAACAUAAGCAGGGGCAUAGGUAAGAAAAGAUUAAACCAGGGGUCACCAACCUAAGGCCCAUGGGCCAGAAGCAGCAGGUGGAGGUUGUUUGACCGGCCCCCGAGCCGCCCCUGAGCUGAGCUGCCUGCUCGCGUGCUGUGCUAAGGCUGUAUAUUUUCCCUCAUAGGGCAAAUAGCACCUUCUGGGGGAGAUGGUUUUAAUUUUCAGAAUGGCAUAGUGCAAUCCAAAUCCUCCAGCCGUGCAAUUUAAAUUCUACUUAUAGUUCCUAUAAACCCUUUAAAAGUAUGCCUCAUUUAACUUUUAUGUUAAUGGGGUAGAGGGGGAAUGAAUUUGUAAACUAUUGGGGAAUCUUACAAUACGUCUGUGUCAGAAAAUGAUUUAUUUAUUUAUUUAUUUAUUUACUUACUUACUUACUUACAAACUAUUAGAUUAGAACUUUGCUUUGGAAGGCAACUGGAAAAAAUAGGAAAUAAAAACUCCAGUCGCAAUGGGUUAUACUUGAUUUCAAAGUGUUCUGAUGAUCACAAUACUAGUGGAGCUUAUCCUUGGUGUGUAGAAGCAGUCUAUGAAAUGGUUAGUUGUAACAAUGUAUGUGUGAUGUAUGUGUACAUAUACAUUCUCUUUCUCCUCACCCCUCAGCAUCUACUUGGAGUUCUGGGGAGUUCCUUCCAUUAGAAAACAGAGCUGGCUACAGUGUACUUGGUGAAUACACCGGAUGUUUAGUUCCCCCCACCUUGUGUCUGGUGUGGGGGAACUUUGAGGCUUCUCUGCCUUGGCAUGAAGUGCACAAUUACUGGGGGCAAUGUGAAAGGUGAGGCAAGAUUAACUAUUUGGAUUUGGGGUGGGCAAAGUUGACUAUUGCUUGAUGUUUGACCAGGAAAGGGGCUUCCUGUAUGGUUACAGGAAGAAGGGAAGCCUCCUGAAAUGAGCUUCUAAACCUGUGAAGGCAGGAGUAGGGAACCUGUCAUUCUCUAGCUGGACUUCAGUUCCCAUCAGAACCAGCAAGGCCAUCUGUCAGGGAUGAUGGGAGUUGUAGUCCAUCAAUGCAUGGACUACAGCUUCUCUACCCCUGUUAUAAGGGGACUUUCCUGAUGAGACGAUAGCCAGUGAGAAUGUGUGUGUGUGUGUGUGUGUGUGGAGGGUGGGGUUAUGAUACCUGUAUGGGAGUGUGACAUGAGAAGAAUGACACGUGUUUUGGCAUGUCUGGGGCUUCUGAGUAAAUAAUAGACCCAGGUGGUUAUUUAAUGAGGGAUUCUGCAGGGGAUGGUCUCAGCCUGCACAAAGAGGCAGGCUGAGGUGGAAUGCAAGAUCAGACAUCGGAAGAGGCUUAUGUUGAUCCAUACCUUCUCAGUGUUCUUUUGUCUCUUGUGCAGCCCUGGGGAAAGCGGUGCACUCUCUUUCCCGUGUCGGAGAUGAAAUCUACAUUGAGCCUCUUCAAGAAGGGGUAAGGUGACAGGCUGGGAGGUCUAGGGAGGGUCUGUCUAGUGUGUUUAUUGCUUAUAAUUCUCAGAAUGGAACGUUUAUCAGUGAGACAUCAUCUGCGAGCUAAGUGAGGGGAGUCUCUGUUGCAGAGCAGCAACACUAUCCUGGUAUUGCAAUCACUCUGCAUGGCUGGGGAUGGGGUAUGCGAUCUUGGACUUGGACUGCCAGCUCCCACUUGUCCUGGCCAGCACAUCUAGGGGUCAGGGAAGAUGGGGGUUGUAGUCCCGCAGCAUCCAGAGAGCCACAGGUUCCUCUGGCCUAAGCCAUUGCAGCUAUCUCAUUGAUUAGCAUGUUGUAUGUGCUGGGAGCUGUUUGAUGAUGCAAGUUUGUCCUGUUUUGGAGGCAGCAAUGCUGUGUCUUUAGAAAGCAGGAUUUGAACUACUUAGGACAAGGAAGCUAAGAGGGGUGUGGGGAAUCUUCUCUGUGACAAUGAUGGAGUUAAUGACACUUCCCAUCCUUGUUUCCCCAGCUCUCCUUGCGUACGGUCAAUGCAUCCCGCUCUGCCUACGCCUGCUUCCUGUUUGCCCCGCUCUUCUUCCAGCUCUACCAGCCAGGAGAAUCGGAAUCUGACUUGGAUGCAGGUGGUUUCCGGUGCAAAGUGCUCAUGAAGGUGAGGGGCCCACAUGGGGCUGUUGAAAGGUCAGAAUGGGGCAAUGCAGGCUUUUAUCAGAAGACCAAUGAACUCCAACCUGGUACUUGUUGCCUAUAGUUCUCUUUGCAAGCACCAAUGAUGGCCUGGUCUGCACAAACACCCCAUUUGAACCACUUUGUACUGCAGGUGAUAGUGAUGAAAAAUCACUGCAUAGUUGCAAAAAUGGCAUGUCAGAGAAGAGGCUUGGCUAAGGAAUUCUCUGACAUUUAGUUAUUUUUUUCACAUGCACUAUUGUUUUUUUAAGCAAAGCAGCAGGCACUCAGUGGGUUGAGUGGUUGAAAUGUGUUCCAUAUUGUGCUGCAUAGAUCCUUCCAAGUCAAGGAUUUUCCAUCUCCCUGAGUUCUGUUCUGAUAAGAUGGUGAAGUAAUAGGUGUCUCAGUAAGUAUUAGACAUGAUGCUGAAUGGAACUUCCAGGUUGAGGAGCAAUAUACCUCUGAGUAACAAUGCUAAGGGAAAAAAACUAAAGGACAUUGCCUUAAUGCCCUGCUUGCUAGCUUCUCAGAAGCAUCUAGAUGACCAUGGUCAUUGGAACGCUGCUUUAGAUGGAUUCUUGGCCUGAUUCAGCAGUGCAAAGAUAGGUAGAAGAAUGUUUUUGGUGUCUGUGUGUUUCAGGGUGGAGGAGAGCUUUCAAUAUACAGGUUAUUUUUAUAAGCCACUGUGAUUUUUCACCCUCUGUGCACCCUCUGUUGAUUGCCACAAAUACUUUCCAAGGCUUAAAGAAACGAAUGCCUUCCAAGCUCCAUCUGCAGCUCACAUUAAGGUCAUUGCACUUCCCAAUUGUUGCUCAACUAAGUGGCAAGAAAGCAGUAUUUGUGCAGACUUUCAAAACUGAAUUGUUUUUACUGCUCCUGGAAGUAACUCUGCCAGAAUCAGAGCACCCCAGCUCAGUUCUCUGAGACAAAGUUAGUGGUUUCAGCAGUAGAGUGUUUUUUUUCUCUUCAUUACAUUCAUUAUAUCCCAUCUUUCCUCUCUGUGGCAUAGGUGGUCUCUGUUUCCCCUCCGUUUUAUCCUCAUGACAAACCUGUGAGGUAGAAUAAGCCUAGAGAUAGUGUCUGGCCCAAGAUGACACAUUGAAGCUAAGUGGAGAUAUGAACCUGAGUCUCCCCAGGCCUAGUCAGACACUAACCACUGCCCCACUUUGCUCCUGGCUUUCCCUUUUGAGGAAACCACAUGCACAGAACUCUGGCUUUCCUUCUCGUUGCCUCCAGUCUUUCCUGGCUAUCUUCCGCUCACUCCCCUCACUGGAGAAGACGGUGGAGAAAUGCCUCAUCUCGCUCAGUUCCCACCAUAGCCGGUUCCGUGUGAAGCUGUACUGCAAAUAUGGUGAGUGUUGGGGGUGGGGGAGAGGAGGAGCCCUACUUGGGGGUGCAGAGUGAUACACUGGAAGAUGUAGAAUCCUUGAAAUAUAGUCUGGGAAGGGACCCAAAGGGUCCUUUAGUCUAAUCCCCUGCAGUGCAAAAAUCACAGCUAAUAUGGUAGGGAUAAAUGUGGCUGAAAGUGUGGCCUUGAGUGCCAUCUCCAGUGCAGUCCAUCAGGCUGCCAGUACUGAGUUAGGAGACAGGGCCAUGAGAUGUUCCAAGUGCAUGGGGAGAAAAUAAUACAACCAAGAAAGGGAGCAACCAAGGAAGGGAGAAUCCAGUGAAGAUCAGUUUUGUGAGUCAUGAGCCCUCUGCCUUGCUUAAUCCUGAGGAGCAAAGAAAUGCAGAGAAUCCACAACCCUGAGUAAGGAUCCUAGCUAGUUUCUGCAAAAAAGCAUAAUUGAAGAUCAUGGUCCUGUUCUAAUGGGGGCAGAGGGUAGGGACACAGCGGUGACUGAUGUCUCCCAAAUGUGAGGGUUCUCACCAGUGGUGGCUAGUGCCUAUUGAAACUGGCAGGCCAGAAGGAGGAGAAGCCAGAGCCAAUGGUAGGCAAAGCCCACUAAUCCUAGCUUUAUUUGUGCUUCUUUUAUUGUAUCUACUUUUAUCUUUCUCUAUCCCAGUGAACAGCAUUUCCAUUGAAAACGCUAGCAUAAGCUUAUUUCAUUUAAUCAGAGUCCUCAUUUGAAAUCCCUCUGCGCUUUUGCUUUAAACUUCAUGGGGAAAAGAAAAGUUCGUAUGAAUAGAAACAAGCUUCUCAGUUCUUUCACUUCUCCAUUCUUUCACACGGCAAUUUGGUGGUUCAACCACUGAUCAGCCCGUUUCACUUAAUGCAGAAGAUGGAGGAAUCUUGAGAUGCAUGAGAAGCAAGAGGAGAUGGAGGCUGUGCUGUAUGAAAGCUUUGCUUCCACCCUACAGGAGCGGUGUGCCUGGCAGACUUCCAGAUUGGGACAUUUAACCUGAAGGUGUCUUGGCAUUCUGCAACAAUCAAAAGCACUUUUCCAGUGACAGGUGUUGCUCAUGCAGUAAUCCAGUCACUAUCUAUGCAUCUUGAAUCUAAAGAUUUGUAGCAACAUGAACUGGCUGUAACAAUUCCAUUUUAAAACAAGGCUUUAAAAAGUAUUUCGAAAGAAAGAAAGAAAGAAAGAAAGAAAGAAAGAAAGAAAGAAAGAAAGAAAGAAAAUACUUCAUUAGAGUUUUUCCUCCAUCCCCAAUGUCUGGUGGCUGCUGCUGUUUUCCAUUUUAGGCCUUGGGUGGGGUAGACCAUUGCUGCCUUCUCCUUAUGUCUGCUCCUUGCGCUGCUCAGAGUCUUCUGGGAGACAGAAUGCCCUGGAGCCAUUUCCCACUGUGACACUCUUUAUCUAUGUCUCUGCAGGUGUCAUCAAGACCCAUGACUUGUCAUUCCAGGACUGUGAAUCCCUGCAGGCAGUCUUUGACACAGGGCAGUGCGCUCAUUCUCUUCAUGCCCCUCCCAGGUGAGACCAUGGUAUGGUUGAGAGAGAUUGCAGUAUACGGAGAAGGGAAAGGGAUGGAUGAAGGUUCUUGCAAUUGAUGUGCAUAGACUUAUACUAAAGAUGCAUCAACUGCAGCGUGGAAGGAAUGAGGAACAUGGGUUGCCGAUGGGUCUGGGAAUCAACGGAUGCUUUGUGUGGGCUGAUGCUGUGCCAUGGUUCUUUAAUUAAGGCAAAGAGUAUUAUAUGCAGAAGGAAAGUGGGGAUGUUCAGCCAUGAAAGCCACUUCCCCCUCUCAGCCCCUUUCUCUGCCCCUCCUUCAUCUAUUUCAGGCUAUUGGUGGAUGCUGUGGUGCAUUUUCCAUUGACACAGGCUGAGGUGACCCUGGGUGCCAGCCCUUCUGGGAAGGUGACCUUGCGCAGCUACCUGGAAGAAGAGACAGGUGAGCUGUCCGCCAUGACCGGCUUCCAUCUUAUCCCCAGAGCCCAUCAAAGGAGAUGAUACUUAAUUUGCCCAUCUCAGGAACCUUUAGAUCACAUAUGAGGGCAUCCUAUUUGUGCAACUGGGGAUGAUAGGAGGUGGAGAGUUCCUGCAGGGUCCCUGGCCUGCCUUUAUGUGGCUAGCAGUUUCUCUUUAGCAGUUUUCUUGUGGGAAGCGUAGACAGUGGUAGCUGUCAAACAAGGGCCUAAUUUGAUCCUCACCUCUCCCUCAGAGCCCAGCCGGAUGAUGGUGACUGAGCUCUGUUUGAGCGAGGACGAGUUCCAGGCCUUCCAAGUCAAGGAAGAGACGCAGGUCACUUUCUGCCUCAAGGAAUUCCGGGUGAGUUUGCUUCCCCUCUCCUCGCCCUCAUUUGAAAUGGGUGGCCUUGUGCUCUUUCCAACCCGUUUCACCUAUCUCUAACAGGGCCUCCUGAGCUUUGCUGAGUCCUCAAAUCUCCCCCUCAACAUCCACUUUGACAUCCCUGGCAGGUAGGCCUUCACGAGGGACGUUCUGGAGGGGAAGCACCUUCGUGGCUAAAUGAAACUCCCGUCUGCAGGAGGCCACUGAAUGCCAGCUGCUGGGAAACAUCUGCAUGGGAGGGUUAGUUGCCAUCAUGCUUGCAAGCUUCCUAGGGGGACCUGGUUGGCCACUGCAGAAAUGAGAGUGCUGGACCAGAUGGUCCUUUGUUCUGAUCUUGUGAGGUUGUCCAGAAGAGCAGCCCUGACUUGUUGCCAGUCCUGUAACAGCCAGCAGCCAGACUUUGUUUGCUUCAUUGCAAGAGUAGGGUCCUUGUCUCCAUUAGCUGUAGCUUUCUUUGCCAUCCCCCCUUGAUUCCCCUUUAGCCCCCAAGCCUGUGUCUUGAGAAUCCUGCUCUCACCAGUUCUCUCCUCGCAGGCCAGCUAUCUUCACCCUGGAGGACCCUGUGCUGAACGUGCACCUGGUCUUGGCCACUCUGGCUGAGAGAGAGAGUUCACAGAAGAACAACAACAGGUAAGCAGGGUUGAAGCUCCUGCACCACAAAAUCUGGCACGCCCUGAAGUGGAACAGGGUGCGGGGAGGAUCCCAGAGGACAAUGACAUAUUCGGUAGGAACACAGUCUCUGCUUGGCACAUAGAAAGGAUUAAUUCUGUGCUCUUGGCAUCAUUUUGUCAUAUGUGUUUUUAUAGCAGAGUGAACAGAUCUGCCUGUCAUUUUCCAGUCCUGACCUGAGCUACCAUCUUAGCAGCUAUAUACGGUUGCCUUGGUUACUCUUGGAACAGUUCAGUGUCUCAGCUUUCUGUUAAGCAUUUUGUCAUUUUUAGCCUUUUAAACUUGGGUAGUUUGUGUCAAUGUGUUUGGAACUGGGGCUUGCUUAAAUGGAUAAGGAUGUGAGAGAUGAAGGCCUUAUGAAGUCCCUUCCAACCCUAUGAUUUCCUUCUAGCUUAUUGAAUUUCUCUCUUAGAACCCUCUGGUCAAUAAAACAAACACCUUAGUCAUGAGUCCCCAAAAAGAAACCAUUUCUAUUUGUUGGGGUGUCUCUUCACAGAAAGUGCUUCCUCACAGCUCUGCUCCUAUCUCUCUCAUGCCAGCACAUCCAAGCCUGCUUACGAUUUUGCCGGUGAUGACAUUGAUGCCUACAUGAUAGCCAUGGAAACCACCUGCGAUGGCACAGAGGGGGCAGAAGCCCCUCCCAGCCCCACCUUCCCCUCAAGACGCACCUUUUCUGAUACAAGGGAGUUGGAAAGCGAUCCUGAGGGAACUGUGCCUGGCACACCGCCACAAAAACGGGUACGUGCAGAGGGAUCAGAGCAUGAAUGUGUAGUGGAAAGUGUGAUGCACUGUGGCCCUGCAGAUCUCUUGACCACUUUACAAUUUUAGUGGGUGUGCAUUCAGUGGUUCAGAAUGUACCCAUAAUGCAGGAGGCUAAAAAAGGUGGAAUCUGUUUCAGUACAGGAAGGCAUGAUAGGCAGUCUGUUUCGGCAGUGUGCAUCCACACAGUACAGGUCACAAGAGGGUGCAUGUUGAGCCUUGGAAUACAGUGGUACCUCGCAAGACGAAUGCCUCGGAAGACGAAAAACUCGCAAGACGAAAGAGUUUUUCGUUUUUUGAGUUGCUUCGCAAGACGAAUUUCCCUAUGGGCUUGCUUCGCAAGACGAAAACGAAAAACGAAAAUGUCUUGCAAGUUUGUUUCCUUGUUCUUAACACCGUUAAUACCCAGGGUGACUUCGAGGAGCAACUCAUAGCACACGGUGUGGUAGCCUUUUUUGAGGUUUUUGAAGACUUUGGUGAUUUUGAAGACUUUGGGAAACCGUGCUUCGCAAGACGAAAAAACUCGCAAGACAAAAAAACUCGCAGAAUGAAUUAAUUUCGUCUUGCGAGGCACCACUGUAUGUACCUGCUAGAGCUGUAAUAUGUUGCACAUCCCUUUCUUGAUUCAGUUAAAGUUCAUUGAAACUAGACUUCCAUGGAAAGCAAAGAGGCUGCAGUCACUUAACAGCUUGCUUGUUCAUUGGCCCUUAAUCAUGACUAUCUGUAGCUGGAGCAGAGCCAUAGAAUUCCAGUGCCAGCAGUCAAGCUUUGGUAAUGGCACGAUUGCAAAAUCUGGGUUUUUUAAGACAGUGGAAGGGAAUCGGUAGGGUGUGGUAGAAACUAGACACUUAAGAGAUGCUGUUAGUUUGGGAGUGGUUUGGAGGAACAUGGAAACUAGUUGAACACUCAGGUCCUGACCACAACAUGCCCCCCACUGAAUGUCAUAUGCUUAUUUUCAAGUAUAUUUCUAUGGCUUUCUUAACAUAAUACAUUUUUAAUAGUAUCAACCUUGCAAGAUUCUGGUAUAUCAACAAUGUACUAUUUUUAGAUCUCUUGCAAACCUGCACCCCCAAGACAUGUCUUUGCCCUGCUUUUGUUUCAUUUGCAGUUCCGCUCCUUGUUCUUUGGGUCGGUCCUCAGCCCAUCACAGCCCUUGGUCCACUCAUGUACAAGCCAAGAGGUGUUAGCAGAAGACAGUGAGGGAGAAACGUGAGUGGUCCCCCAGCUACUGGUGCAUGAUAAGACACCUCUACUGCUAGAAAUGAGAUGUUUCAAGCUAAGCAGCUUGAGCCCUCUUUUGGGUUGGAUCGCAGGCUGCCCCUCUUCAGCUCUCCUGCUGCUCCCCCGAGAAUCAGCGCUGAAUUGUGCAGUUCUUCCAUCAUGGAGAAAAAAACCUUCUGUAGAUAGAACCACAUUGAGACAGACACAUAGAUCUACCUUGUUUGCUAAAUUAUUACUGCACGUCUUUGAAAGGGAGGCGGCUGCGAGAGAUUAGACCUUCCUCCAGUGGGUUUGUGGCUAACAUCCAUAGACAUAGAAUACUUAUUAUCUAAUAAAUUUUUUUAAGAUGUUUUGACUGUGGUGUGAAUUGUUACUGUGGUUAUCCAUCAGUUGCUGUAGCCUUCUUUUUACUGCCUUCCACUCAACGCCUCUCGAGCCAGCCUUCUCUUCCUCCCUUGUAAUUAACCUGUUUCAUUGCUAAACCUAUAAUUUAGCUGUCGGGCAGAUGGGAAUUGAAGGAUGAUUACAGGAAAGGGAUCUGUAGCAGCCAGGGUGGUAUUAGUAAACUGCAGUACUAUGUAAAGCACAGGAGGUAGCAAAGGAGAGCAUUGCUAUUUCCUCUUUACUUCUGCAGGCAGGUGAAUAUAUUUAAGCCCUAACUACAAGCAUCAGAAUUAUUGGCAAACGUACUUUGUUAUCCUCUGUUGCCACAAUAUAAAGGCACUUUAAGAAGUCCGUCCCUCUGGUAAAACAACAGUGCCCAUCCACAGUGCAGGCCUGAUGUCUUUUCCAGAUGGAAUCCAGGGGAGGAAGUCAGCAUUGUGCUCUUAUCGCAUUUUGGCCUGCCAGGUAGAACAAUCCUCAUCCUGUGCUGCUCUAGGGGUUCUCCUAACACCUCCCAGAGCUUAUUUUGCAAUGGGGGAACCAUGUUGUACAAGCGGAAAUCCUUGCGCAAUUUCCACUGGUGGGAUUCAUCAGCUGAAUCCCACUCCUAAUGCAGAAUCAAUCCCCACCCUGUCAGUGUAGUUCAAGAUGCUGUUAGUUAGCUAUCUAAUAAGAACUCUUGCCUUUCCUGGCCCAAAAUAUCUGUCCUUAGUAGGCCUCUAGUUCUAUUCUACUGGAUAGGCACUGCUUAAGCCCCGCAGGAUUGCCUUGGCUGAGGACCACAGCUAAUUCCUACAAACUGCUGAUAACUGUGCUGUGGCUUGGGAUUUAACUAGAGAUUAAGCAAGCAACAACGGACCAAUUCACAUUAAGAAGACAGGGGCAAAGGCUCCCUUAAACAGCUUACGGCAAGGAGGUGGUGUUACAUAACCCGGUUAGGAGUAUCAUGUGUUAAAAGUAUCAUGGGAGCUUUCAGGACAGCCCUACUGGAAUCUAAAUUGGGUGCAUUAGCACACAGUAUUUUACCGAUUCCCAAUCCACUGGUCUGUGUGAGCUAAUGGAUAUAGAAGAAUCUAAAAUAAGGACCUUGUCUGCAUCUUUAGGGUCCCUUGCGCAGCUCAUGCUAUUCAUGCCACAUACACUUAUGCUCUUCAGAGCUAGGAAGCCUUCAUGCCUCUACGAAAGGGACUGUCUUACCACAUAGUGCCACUGCAUAGCUCAGCUUCUCUAUUCCAUUUAAAGCUUGCAGGCAAUGCAGGUAGGUGAGGAGAAUAAGAUAUAGGUGGUAGUUAGUGAAGAAAACUUGGACUAGAGAGAUACCGAAACAAGCCAGUUUUUCAACAUGAAAGUCUUAAAACUGGUAAGCAGAGGAACCUGCAAAGGUAGUCACAAAUGGCUCCAUGUCAGCCAAAGUGCAAAGGGAUUUUAGCAGGUGAAAUAUGGAGAGGUAACUGGGGAUAGAGGGCAAGAUGUCUUUUAAGAUGCUUCGUCUUGAUCGUGUAACUUGCUCCCAUUUCUAAGAAUGUGUGUGCAGCCUUGCUGCACCAAAGCCCCAUCUGGCCCAGCAUCCCAUAUGCCUCUGGGAAGCCCAUAACUGCACUUUCCCUACUGUAAGAUUCCAAACAGCUGGUAUUGCAGAGGCAUGUCACCUCUACUACAGCUAUCAGGAGGCCCUACCCUCCAUGAAUUUGCCUAAUCCCCUUUUCAAGCCAUCAAAGCUGUUGGCCACCACUACAUCUAAUGGAAGCAAGCUCCACCGUUUUGCUAGGCACUGUGGAAGGAAGACUUCGUUUUAUCUGUCCUGAAUGUUCCAACAUCCUCUCCUCCACACCUCCUAAGGAGAGCUUGUUUCAUCCUCCAAGCCGCAUCAUGCAGCCCCAUUCAUUUUAUUCUCCCCAAACAGUUGACAAAGGAGCAGCUACAUAAGAAUCUUACAUGUUUAUUCAAAAAGAUGUAGUAACCCCCCGUGGGGGAAAGGGGGGAGCACACAUCUGGACAAAGUUGGCAAAAAAGUCAAUCAAAAAUACCCCCAAAAAUAAAGACAUCCCCAAUCCCAGGGGAGCAGAAUUUUUGGUAUUGAAUUCUUAUUCAGCCGUUUUCUUUAAAAAAAUUACAUGGCUGGGCCCUGGGGAGGUAAGCAGCCGCUGUACACUGUAACCGCUACGCAAGACAGCCUGGGCCCCACACCUACAGCUAGGGGGGCAGGCAGGGCUAGUUACUUCUUGGCUUUGGCAGAGUUGCGUGGCGGAGUGAUUGGGCGCCCACCAGGGUUCAAUCCACUGAACUGGCCAUAUUUGCCCUUAUUCUUGUCAGCCGGUUUCAGGAUCUGUAGAAUUCAAGAAAUGAGGGGUGGGGAAGGGGAUAGGAGAGAAAAGAUUAGUUUCAGGGUAAAAGUUUAGUGUCUCAUUGCAACCCACAACCCCAUUUUACCUUUCGUUCAGUUGCUAAAUAAUCAAAGCAACAAAACAAGGACUGAAGCCCUCUUAAGUCAGAUUUUUAGCACUUAAAUCCAGGUCUUUAAACAGGCCUUAAGACCUAAUCUAUUUCAAUACAUGUUUUCUUUCUUGGUAGCUUUUUGAUACUGCUAAUUCUGGCAUAAUUUUUAAAUCUUUUAAGCUAAAAUACAGUGUUAAUUCAUCUAUUUAUUGUUCUUUUAACUGUUUCAUGAUCACUUUUAUACUAUCGUUUUAAGGUAAUUGUAUUUCAUGUACAUAAAUAAAUAAAAUGUACUGU